AUGCCUCAGUCCAGCAGGGGGCGCUCUCCUCAGAUCCACCACAGACACAGAGGAACCUUCAGACCUCAGUCCAGCAGGGGGCGCUCUCCUCAGAUCCACCACAGACACAGAGGAACCUUAAGACCUCAGUCCAGCAGGGGGCGCUCUCCUCAGAUCCACCACAGACACAGAGGAACCUUCAUGCUCCAGUCUAAACCCAGGAAACACAGGCUCAGAGAAGGAGGAGGUGAAGGUGCCGAGGUGGAACAGUUCUCCAUCAGAGACGACCUCAUAGAAGGACAGAGAUCCAGCCUCAGAGUCCAGGAACACAGACACUCGACCUGA